CCUUUAGUGUGUGAAAUACGAGGUGCUGAGCAACGGUGGUCGGAGUCGGGAAAUGGCGGUCACGCUGGUUUCUUGUUGUCGUCAUCACCAUCAAUUCUUAUCUUCCUUUGAAAUCGCGAAUCAAAUUCCGAGGAACAGAAUGAUGAGCUCCAUUCGUUGUUCUUCUCCACCAUUCAAUCCGGUUGUCAGGCCUGAGUUGUGUAUUCGUGUUGGAACUCAACUCAUUCCACACCCCAAAAAGGCUGCCAAAGGUGGGGAAGAUGCUUUUUUUGUGAGCAGUUACAACGGGGGAGUUAUUGCUGUUGCAGAUGGUGUUUCUGGGUGGGCAGAAAAGGAUGUCGAUCCUGCACAAUUCUCUCGAGAACUAAUGAGAAAAGCUUCGUCUUUAGUUGAGGAUGAGGAGGUUAACUACGAUCCUCGGAUUCUUGUUAGAAAAGCACAUGCUGCCACCUCUUCCACAGGUUCAGCUACUGUAAUCAUAUCCAUGCUAGACAAUGACGGGAUUCUGAAGGUUGCCAAUGUUGGGGAUUGUGGACUUCGAGUUAUUCGCAAAGGUCAAAUAAUCUUUUCCACGUUUCCGCAAGAGCAUUAUUUCGAUUGUCCAUAUCAGUUGAGCUCAGAAGCGGUCAGCCAGACGUAUCUAGAUGCCACGGUUACCAGUAUUGAUACAAUGAAGGGAGAUAUCAUCGUUAUGGGUUCAGAUGGGCUUUUUGAUAACGUGUUCGAUCAUGAAAUCCUAUCAACGAUAGCCAAACAUAACGAUGUCAUGGAGACCGCAAAGGUAUUGGCUGAUCUUGCUUACAAGCAUUCCGUGGACUUCUACUUCGAUUCCCCAUAUUCGAUUGAAGCCAGAACACGAGGGUUUGAUGUUCCGUGGUGGAAAAAAGUCUUGGGACAAAAGCUAACAGGUGGAAAGAUGGAUGAUAUAACUGUAAUUGUUGGAGAAGUGGUCAGCAAUUGAUUAUAUAUGUUCAUAUUUUUUGGCUGAAUUCAGAUUUAUUCACUAUAUAUAUUUGAUUGUAAAUUUUGGAGAUUUUUGUAAUGGAUAAUCAUUACAACUU